AAAUUUAAGACAAAAGUGCGUUAUUGCCGGAAUUAGGCAGCCUAAGAAUUUUCUGAAGGUCCAAACUCCAAAGUCGAAAACGUUCCAUUUUUGGCAGUUCGGACCCUUCAAAAGCCUCAAAAUUAGCAACGAGACCACGUCGAGCUUCCUUCUCUCAUUUUCUCUCCUCCCGUUAAAAACUCCCAAGCUAGCUGAAAAAGCUGGCUAGCGUAUCUCUCCUAUUUAUCGGAUCUGACCCGAACCCGAACCAUGGCCUUUUCCGGUGACCCAUCAAACGCCGUUCAAGAUGAACAAGGUCGACGAGACGACGAAGAUGGAGUAUCAGAUCAGUCGGAGCCCAACACCUCCCCGUGGUCCAGCUUCAUCAAUACUCGGCUCGGCUCAAACACUCCGAGGAGCCGUCAAUCCUCGCCGGGUCACUCUCCCCGAAUCGGACCGAGUCGGUUCUCGAGCUCCGAUCGAUUUUCCGACUCCCAAUACGAGACGUCGUUUUCCGGAUUGGGGAGUCUAUGGGGUCGAAAGCAGCAUUUGAAGGCAAAGCAGAGGGCAAAUAGGAAGUUUGGUAAAAAAAGAUUGAAAGGGCUUGUGGCUGUGAUUGUAUUGCUAAGCUUGUUUUUGUUGUUCAACUGGAUUAUGCUUUCUCGGCUACAAGAUCAUGGAGUCGAUUCCAGAGCCAAGUCUGCUGGGAAUUCGACUUCAUCUUCGGCAUCAGUAUCGAUUUCUAUUCGGAAAGAAUGGAGAAAAUUUAAUAAAGGCAGGAAGCCACAGAAAGGUAAUUAUGGAAGGAUGUUGGCUAUGGCUGCCCAUGCCUUGGCAGAGGGACAAAAUAAAGCUGAGCCAAAAGAUUUGUGGCAGGAGCCAUUCGUUCCUGCUUCUUCUUGGAAGCCUUGUGCUGACCAACAUAGCUGGGAACCCAAUGAGGGAAAAAAUGGAUACGUUUUGGUCACUGCAAAUGGUGGGAUGAACCAGCAGCGUGUAGCUGUUUGCAAUGCUGUUGUUGUUGCUCAUUUGCUGAAUUCAACUCUGGUUGUUCCUAAAUUUUUAUACAGUAGCGUAUGGAGAGAUGUAAGUCAAUUCAGCGAUAUCUAUCAGGAGGAUUAUUUUAUUAACUACUUGACUCCUGAUAUUCGAAUAGUAAAAGAACUACCUGUGGAGCUACGGUCAUUAGAUUUGAAGGCAAUUGGUAGCCUUGUGACAGAUGAAGACAUACCAAAAGAGGCCAAGCCAAGUUUUUACUUGAAAUAUAUUCUUCCUAUCCUACUUAAAAAUGGAGUUGUCCAUUUUCUUGGAUUUGGGAAUCGCUUGGCAUUUGAUCCAAUUCCAUUUCAUUUACAGAGACUUCGAUGCAGAUGUAAUUUUUAUGCUUUGCAAUUUGUUCCAAAAAUACAAGAGACUGGUGCUCUUCUUCUUCAAAGAUUGCGUCAAAAUGAAAGUUACCCUGGACUGUUGGAUCACUAUCUUGUUGGUUCAUAUGCAAAAGCAAUUACAAAAGAAAAUCAAAGUCGUAGAAAGAAAGCUUCCAGAUAUCUAGCUUUGCACCUGAGAUUCGAAAUUGACAUGGUAGCUCAUUCUUUAUGUGAAUUUGGUGGAGGUGAUGAAGAGAGACGAGAAUUGCAAGCUUACCGUGAAAUUCAUUUCCCUGCAUUGACGCUUCUUUUGAAGACCACAAAAUUACCGUCUCCCCAAGCCCUCAGGUUGGAAGGCCUAUGUCCUUUGACACCUGAAGAAGCAGUUCUUAUGCUUGCCGCUCUUGGCUUCAAUCGUAAGACAAGUAUAUUUGUGGCAGGUUCACAGAUUUACGGAGGGAGGUCAAGAUUGAUUGCUCUGACAAGCUUGUAUCCUAAGUUGGUUACCAAAGAAAAUUUGCUUACAUCAACCGAACUUGAACCAUUCAUGAACUUUUCAUCUCAGUUAGCGGCACUGGACUUCAUAGGCUGCACUGCUGCUGAUGCAUUUGCAAUUACAGAUUCAGGGAGUCAAUUAUCAUCCUUGGUGUCUGGUUAUCGAAUAUAUUAUGGUGGAGGAAAAAUGCCAACAAUACGGCCAAAUAAACGCAGGCUUGCAAGCAUCUUUACAAAGAAUCACACUAUUGAAUGGCGUGUGUUUGAGCAAAGAAUUAGGAAAGCAGUUAGACAAACUAAACACGUCCAGACAAGGCCUAAGGCGAGGAGCGUUUACAGGUAUCCACGGUGUAAAGAGUGUAUGUGCAGAACAGAUUAAUGUGUACACUUUAAUUAAUUUUUUCCGAUGUCUAUUCAAUAUGUACCGUUUUAUUUUUUAUUUUUUAUUCUACCAUUGUAUUUAUAAAUAUUUCAAUCCCUUUCAUUUGAUAAUUUUAGACUUCUUUUUUUUUUUUUUUU